AUGCAUGAAAUACAAGAUAUAUACGGCAAUGGCACUAAGUGCGGCAAAGACAUCUUCUACCAAACGGAAGCCGGAUCCCACUUCAAUCUGGUAAAUUUGAUCGAUAAGCGAGACCACGAACGAAAGAGGAAGAUCCUUUCCAGCGCAUUUGCCUCGAAGAAUGUUGAAACCUGGGCAUCCAAGAUGGCGGAAAAAUUUGGCUCUGUCUAUCAACGCGGUGACGAGCACCGCAGCUCGCCACCACCAGAGAUCCCUGAGGAGCCGGACCCAAAGGAUUUUGCCUUUGAUUACCAAGCUUGGACAAACCUUCCUCGCUAA